AUGAGCAAUGCUCUCCAGCAGCUCCACCACUCCUUCAACUUCUACUUCUACACGGGGCCUCACAGUCAUAUCUCGAACGGGACGCUCUACCUUUAUCCGGUCUUCGCGAUGCACCUGCUGCUCAUCAGCUUUCUCGGGACCACGCCAGCGUACCGUGACAUUCGGUCGUUGCUGGUGGGCCUUGGUGUGGUGGCCGCUGUGGCCGGGGUAUCUGGCAGCGUGAUGUUUGCCCUGGCCAUGAACGAUGAGCUCGUUGCCCAGAGUUGGUCAUCCUCCGAGAAGCUUGCUUGCGUUCGCCCCACGUUGUCACCGGAGGCGGUGCUGCAGCGGCAGCAACAAGCAGGUAUGUGGGUUCUGGCAGGAGCUGCCGUGUCGGCAAUCGCGGCCCUGGCACUUCGUCAGUAUGCCUUCACCGUCUUCUCGGCAGAUGAAGGAGAAGCUCCGAAGUCCCAGGGUGUUCGGCUUCCUUGCCCACUCUGGGAGUCG